CACUCGCGCAGCAUCCCGAUCCUCUUCCUCGCGCAGCUCCCUCUCCUUCCCCUCCCAACCCUAGCCGCCGCUACCUAGCAGGCCCUGCGGCCGCCGCCUCGCUACCCUCCUCACCUCCCCGUUCCUCUCCAGCCGCCGAGCUCGCCGGCACCACUGCACUCCGGCCAGAUCCGCUCCUCACGGCCGCGAGCGCUCGCGCGCGACCCCUCCCCGCGGCUAGGGCAGGUCGUCUCCAUGGAGAGCAGGGGUGGACAGCGGGAAGCGGUGCGUGUCCUCCACCCGCUGGCUGCCACCGUCCAAGUCCCCUCACUCACGGUGGAGAGGCUACGGCGGAGGGGAUGCAGAGGAGGAGCGGGGCUCGUGGAGGAGGAGAGAACGUGGCCAAGGGAGGCCGUGGAGGAGGAGGGGACGCGGUGGCGGGAGCUCGCCAUGGUGGAGGAGAGUCCGUGGCGGUGGAACAGAGCUUGCGUCUGUGCGGGCGGCCGAGAGGCUGGGAAGGCCGGGCCCGCGCCCUCCUCCCAUGCUCUCCCCGCAGAUCAGGGCCCCGCCGGUGAGGUCUUCACGGCCAAGGCCGAGGAGAAGGGAAGAACCACGGUGGGAGGAAGGAGCAGCGAGGCUAGAGCGGUGCCGUCGUGGUGGAGUGGACCUGCAGGUGGGUUCUCUACUGGUGGUGUUAGAGAUUUCAAGGAUUGUUCAAUCUGGUUUCAGGAGUGUGUGCUGCUCCUAUAAGUUAACUCAGUUUGGACGGGGCCUCGACGCGCUCAUCUCGGUCUCCUCGCCCCGGGUCUUCAUCUUCCCCAUCUCCGUCGUGGCGACGCGGGGCGAGGGCGACAAGGGCAGCGCCGGGUUUGAUGCCAGACGGGGCGGCAGGGGAUGAGGGCGGCACCGUGUUCGACGCCGGGCUUAAGUACCUCGAGGCCGUCAACGGCAAUGUGCUCGUGUAUCCCAGGUUCAUCACGGAUCCUUUCACGGUUAGUGCCUUCCUCUAUUUUCACCCGAUUUGAGACUUCUUUUUGCUUGGAUUUUGCAACAGUUGGUUUGUACUGUCAAAAGAAUCACAUGACGGGCAGAUUUCGCUAGACACGUUCUCUGGCGGGUAGCUGCACACAACCACAGGAGGAGGUGGUGUUGUGGAAGAAUACGGCCUGGGCAAAGCCAUACUCUUGCAUAUCUUUCAACUGGGUUGGGGGGAUCGGGUCCCUAGGGGCAGAGAUGCAGUCCUCUAGAGCUGUUGGGAAGAACAAGAUGGGUAAGCUCCUCCUAUUGCUAUUCUAUGUUGAUUUAGUAGAAGAAAAUAAAAUUAGGAAGAGUAUAUGUAGAUCUAUUUUGAUGCUCUCAGUCUCAUUCAUAAUUGGUUAGAAAAAAUACUUUAUUACCAUGGUUCGGAUUGUGCACCUUUUUGGCUUAGAAAAAAAGAAUAAUUUCUUGAGCAUGAGCAACUGAUUCCCAAGCUGAUUGCAAGUACUGAUUUCCGUCUUGGCUCCAUGCAACGACUCAGCGAUCGAUUCGAUCCAAUUUUCUGUGCUCAUCUCAAAAUAUUUCUCGAGUAUAUUGGACUCAAUUGUGAUCUAUAUCAGGUGAGUAAAUCAUACUCAGUAAUAUAAUUAUGUUGUAAACUAGAGAAAGAUGGUGAUGUUUUAAUUAUCGAGGUUGUACACCUGUAUAGCUAAUGAUGGUGUAUUCUUAUGUUAGCUAAAACUGCUUCUGCUGUGUAGUUCAUCUGACAAUUUUUUAGGGACAUAAAAACAUAUAUUGAUAUGCGAUAUUUUACCGAAUACAAAAACAACAUUAGCAUGACAAACUAUCAUGCUGAUUUAAUCCCUCCCCCAUUUCUUUUGAUUUGAUUCCCAGAAUCCCAUUGUUGUUUGUGCAUAUUAUCUACGCCCAUCGCCCAUAUUUUUUAUUUUCAUGUUCAUUGAUAUGCGAUAUUGUGCUGAUUACAAAAACAGCAUCAGCAUGUCAGAUUGUCAUAUGAGAAAUAUAAGAUAAAAGAGCAGUCUGUUGCUUCUCUCUGAUUGCACAUGGAUACUUUGAUUUUGAGGUGCACUUGUGAUUUUAGUUAUGACAUAAUCUUGGUUGACUGAAAUUAGUUCUGAUGAACUGUCAGGUUGCUUAGAUCAGUUAAAAAGAUCAUGAAAUGUUGUCGUUCUCUCAAAGCAUUUGUUCAGUUCAGUGAGUGGGCUUAUUCCGGGUUAUAUUUUGUGGGUGGCAGGAUGUUUGCUGUGGUUCCUAUAUACAUAUGUUGGAUGUGGUUGCCUCCCGGUGUUGUCGUUCCAUUUGUACUUGAGAGUGAUCAUGGAUGAUGGGGUCGUGCUCGGAGGAGUCGAACUCGAAAUUGAUGUGCCUGGAAGCGAUUCUCUGACUAUGAGGAGGUUUUUUGGGCUCAAGACGGUGUAGAUUCUUUCUCGCUUUACAAGAAGGACGCUUUCUACGCUUUUUCUUUUUACAGAGUUUGUAUGGGCUUGUAAUGUAGGACUAUAAUUAUGAGUGUAUGUCAAUUUACAGGUAGCUUGCUCGCUCUGCAGUUCUUUUAUCUUUUUAGCUGCGACGUUGGUUUGGCCUACAGUGCCUGUUGGUUGUGUUGAUGGCCCUGCUGCUGUGAGUGACCUUGAUGUCCUUCUGCAGCGACAUACUAUUAUUAGCAAUCAUCUAAAUACUCUACAGUUCCAGUAACA